AUGAGUGCCAUAAAUGCCAGUUUUCCCAAAGAUAUCUCCAUUGUGCAUCCUGAAUACUUUUUCAUCUCUGGACUUUCAGGUAUACCAUACAGCAAUUAUUUCUAUAUUUUCCUGUUUUUCAUUUAUUUUGUUGCUGUAAUUGGGAACUCUGUAGUCCUUUCAAUUAUAGCUCUUGACCGGAGUCUGCACAGUCCAAAGUACAUUGGUGUGUUUAACUUGGCCUUGGCAGAUUUUGGUGAAACUAAUGCGCUGAUCCCUAACAUGAUGAGAACAUUUCUUUUUGAGUCACAGUACAUCUCCUACAGUAGUUGUUUGGUAAACAUGUUUUUUGUGUUCUUCUUUAGUAGUACUCAGUGUCUCACUCUUGUUGUCCUGGCAUAUGAUCGCUUUAUUGCAAUUUGCUUGCCACUAAGAUACCAUACAAUUGUAAACAAUACUUUUAUAUCUUUAGUUUUUUCAGCAAUAUGGGCAUUUGACGCAUUUCUGAUAAUGUUGACGGUGUGCUUAAUUAACCAACUUUCAUUCUGUAAAUCCAUAGUGAUUGCGAGCUAUUUUUGUGACCAUGGACCUGUAUAUAGAUUGGCAUGUAAUGACAAUAGCAUUAAUGAUACUUUGGCAAAAGUUAACAUUGCUUUAUACCUUGUUGCACCACUGAUCAUUAUAGUCCUAUCAUAUCUUGCCAUUUUUCAUGCAUUAAGUAAAAUUACAACUUGGGAAGGACGUUUGAAGGCACUGAAGACAUGUGUUUCACACCUUAUGUUGGUAGGAUCACAUUAUCUUCCCAAAAUAUGCAUUUUCAUUACUGCGACAACUACUUAUCUUUCCCCCAAUGCAAGAAUCAUCAGCACAUCUUUGGCAUAUGUUGUUCCACCAAUGCUAAAUCCUAUCAUUUAUGUUUUAAACACAGCUGAAAUCAGAGACUUAAUUAAAAAAGUGUUUAAAAAAAGAUCUUCACUAAUUGAGAGUAUUUCAAAAUGA